GGGGGCACUCCCGGGGGCGGCGGUUGCCCGGAUGGGCCGUUAGUCGGAGCCCAGCCGCGGAGUGAGCGAGGGAGACGGGAGGAGCCGAACCCGGCGCCAUCCGUCGCCAUCCGCCCCCGCCCCACCGCCAUCCCGCCCCGGGGAGCACCCAAGCCCCGGUCCCGGAUCCCCGCGCACCCGGCCAGGCUCUGGCACGUUUUGGGGGAGGUGCCUGCAGGACCCAACAUACUCAAUGAGCUUCCAGCGCAAUGUCCGAUCGCUCGGGGCCGACUGCCAAGGGGAAGGAUGGAAAGAAGUAUUCCUCGCUCAACCUGUUUGAUACAUAUAAGGGCAAGUCCUUAGAGAUCCAGAAACCCGCUGUUGCCCCUCGCCAUGGCCUGCAGAGUCUUGGGAAAGUUGCCAUUGCCCGGCGUAUGCCACCCCCAGCCAACCUUCCAAGCCUGAAAGCCGAGAACAAAGGCAAUGACCCCAAUGUCUCUCUAGUGCCGAAAGACGGAACAGGAUGGGCAAGCAAACAGGAGCAGUCCGACCCCAAGAGUUCCGAUGCCUCAACCGCUCAGCUGCCGGAAUCGCAGCCACUGCCGGCUUCACAGACGCCUGCCUCCAACCAGCCGAAACGACCCCCAGCAGCCCCCGAGAACACUCCUUCAGUUCCAAGCGGGGUAAAGUCCUGGGCACAAGCCAGCGUCACCCAUGGAGCACAUGGAGAUGGUGGAAGGGCAUCAAGCCUACUGUCGCGAUUCUCUCGAGAGGAAUUUCCGACCCUGCAGGCGGCUGGCGACCAGGACAAGGCUGCCAAGGAAAGGGAGUCUGCCGAGCAGUUGUCUGGGCCCGGACCAAGCCUCCGCCCCCAGAAUUCUACAACUUGGAGGGACGGAGGUGGGCGUGGCCCUGAUGAACUGGAGGGCCUGGACUCCAAACUUCAUCAUGGUCAUGAUCCCCGGGGCGGGCUGCAGCCUUCAGUCCCACCCCAGUUCCCUCCCUACCGCGGAAUGAUGCCGCCCUUCAUGUAUCCCCCAUAUCUCCCGUUCCCUCCGCCCUAUGGACCCCAGGGGCCUUACCGAUACCCCACUCCUGAUGGGCCCAGCCGAUUCCCUCGUGUGGCGGGGCCCCGUGGCUCAGGGCCACCAAUGCGCCUUGUAGAGCCUGUGGGUCGGCCUUCUAUUCUUAAAGAGGAUAAUCUCAAAGAGUUUGAUCAGUUGGACCAGGAGAAUGAUGAUGGUUGGGCAGGGGCUCAUGAAGAGGUCGACUAUACUGAAAAGCUCAAGUUCAGCGAUGAGGAAGACGGGCGAGACUCUGAUGAGGAGGGAGCUGAGGGCCAGAAGGAUUCCCAGUCAGCUGCUGGUGAGGAGCGGCCCCCUGAAGCAGACGGCAGAAAGGGCAACUCCCCUGGCAGCGAACUGCCGCCUCCCAAGACGGCCUGGGCAGACACCUCGCGGCCUCCAGAGACAGAGCCGGGGCCUCCUGCCCCAAAGCCUCCCCCACCCCCACCUCACCGGGGCCCUGCGGGGAACUGGGCCCCCCCUGGGGACUACCCAGAUCGUGGGGGCCCUCCCUGCAAGCCCCCAGCACCUGAAGAUGAGGACGAGGCCUGGCGGCAGCGGCGAAAACAAUCUUCAUCUGAAAUCUCCCUGGCAGUGGAGCGUGCCCGGAGACGGCGAGAGGAAGAAGAGCGGCGCAUGCAGGAAGAGCGCCGGGCAGCCUGUGCUGAGAAGCUUAAGCGGCUGGAUGAAAAGUUUGGGGCACCUGACAAGCGGCUCAAAGCAGAGCCGGCUGCCCCUCCUGCCCCUCCUGCCCCAGCUCCACCACCUGCAGUCCCCAAAGAACUCCCCGCACCUCCAGCACCUCCAGCUCCAUCACCGGCACCAGCCCCAACACCAGAGAAAGAACCUGAAGAGCCAGCACAGGCCCCUCCUGCCCAGUCCACCCCCACUCCAGGUGUGGCUCCAGCUCCCACUCUGGUGAGUGGUGGUGGCAGUACCAGUAGCACCAGCAGUGGCAGCUUCGAAGCCAGCCCAGUGGGACCACAACUGCCCUCAAAAGAGGGUCCCGAACCACCAGAAGAGGUUUCUCCUACCACACCCCCAGCCCCAAAGGUGGAAUCCAAGGGUGAUGGGGUUGGUCCCACCCGGCAGCCCCCUAGCCAGGGCUUGGGCUACCCCAAAUAUCAGAAGUCGUUGCCUCCUCGUUUCCAGCGGCAACAGCAGGAGCAGCUCCUGAAACAGCAACAGCAGCAGCAAUGGCAGCAGCAGCAACAGGGCUCCGCCCCUCCUGCCCCAGUGCCCCCGUCACCACCACAGCCUGUGACCCUGGGGGCUGUGCCAGCUCCACAGGCUCCUCCACCCCCACCCAAGGCCCUGUACCCGGGUGCUCUGGGCCGGCCCCCGCCCAUGCCCCCAAUGAACUUUGAUCCCCGCUGGAUGAUGAUUCCUCCUUAUGUGGACCCCCGGCUCCUCCAGGGCCGGCCCCCUCUGGACUUCUACCCUCCUGGAGUGCAUCCCUCUGGCCUAGUUCCCCGAGAGCGCUCAGACAGUGGGGGCUCAAGCUCAGAGCCAUUUGACCGUCACGCACCCCCACUCUUACGGGAACGAGGCACCCCACCGGUAGAUCCAAAGUUGGCCUGGGUAGGAGAUGUCUUCACCACCACACCCACCGACCCCCGGCCACUUACCUCACCACUGCGUCAGGCUGGGGAUGAGGAUGACAAGGCGAUGAGGAGUGAGACUCCUCCAGUACCUCCCCCCCCACCGUAUCUGGCCAGUUAUCCAGGCUUUCCUGAGAAUGGGGCCCCAGGGCCGGCAAUCUCUCGCUUCCCUCUGGAGGAGCCAGCUCCCCCAGGGCCCCGUCCACUCCCCUGGCCCCCAGGCAGUGAUGAGGCAGCCAAGAUACAAACUCCACCACCCAAGAAGGAGCCCCCCAAGGAGGAGACUGCACAGUUGACAGGGCCAGAAGCAGGCCGGAAGCCGGCCCGUGGAGUCGGAAGCGGAGGCCAAGGCCCCCCACCACCACGCAGAGAGAGUCGCACAGAGACCCGCUGGGGCCCUCGCCCAGGCAGCAGUCGUCGGGGUAUCCCUCCAGAGGAGCCAGGCGCCCCUCCCCGCCGGGCUGGGCCUAUAAAGAAACCCCCACCACCUGCAAAAGUUGAAGAGCUGCCUCCCAAGCCUCUUGAACAGGCGGAUGAAACCCCCAAGGUCCCAAAGCCAGACCCUCUAAAGACAGCCAAGGGGAAGCUAGGGGGCCCCAAGGAAACCCCACCCAGUGGGAAUCUUUCCCCUGCCCCAAGGCUUCGGAGAGACUAUUCCUAUGAACGAAUGGGUCCUGCCUCCUGCCGGGGUCGGGGCCGAGGCGAGUAUUUUGCCAGAGGGAGGGGCUUUCGGGGGACCUAUGGAGGACGGGGGCGGGGAGCCCGAAGCCGAGAGUUCCGCAAUUACCGAGAGUUCCGAGGAGAUGAUGGGUGUGGAGGUGGGGCAGGGGUCCCAAACCACCCUCCUGCUCCCCGUGGCCGCACUGCCAGCGAGACACGAAGCGAGGGUUCAGAGUAUGAAGAAAUCCCCAAGCGGCGCCGGCAGCGCGGCUCAGAAACAGGCAGUGAGACCCACGAGAGUGAUCUGGCCCCCUCAGACAAGGAGGCUCCCCCACCCAAAGAGGGAGUACUCGCCCAGGUCCCUCUUGCUCCCUUACCGCCCGGAGCCCCACCCUCACCAGCCCCAGCCCGAUUCUCUACUGCCCGGGGUGGGCGAGUCUUCACACCCAGAGGGGUGCCCUCACGCCGGGGCCGAGGGGGAGGGCGGCCCCCUCCUGUUUGUCCAGGCUGGAGCCCUCCAACCAAGUCUCUGGCUCCCAAGAAACCUCCCACAGGCCCCUUGCCACAAAGUAAGGACCCUUUGAAAGAGAAGUUGAUCCCAGGGCCUCUGUCCCCAAUGGCCCGGGGGGGCAGCAGUGGAGGUAGCACUGUGGGCAUGGGCGGGGAAGAUGGGGAACGACCCCGAAGGAGACGGCACGGGAGGGCUCAACAGCAGGACAAACCGCCUCGCUUCCGGAGGCUGAAACAGGAGCGAGAGAAUGCAGCCAGAGGGGCCGAGGGCAAGCCUUCCUCCCUGGCCCUGCCAGCCUCCGCUCCUGGCCCCGAGGAGGCCCUCGCGGCAGUCACAGUGCCCCCGCCGCCUCGUCAGGCAGCUGCCAAGUCUCCUGAUCUGUCAAACCAGAACUCAGACCAAGCCAAUGAGGAAUGGGAGACUGCGUCAGAGAGUAGCGACUUUGCCAGUGAGCGCCGGGGGGACAAAGAGGCUCCCCCACCAGCAUUGCUGACCCCCAAAGCUGUCGGAACUCCUGGGGGCAGUGGAGGUGGCCCUGGACCAGGCAUUUCAACCAUGUCCCGUGGAGAUCUGAGCCAGAGAGCCAAGGAUUUGAGUAAGCGGAGUUUCUCAAGUCAGCGGCCAGGAAUGGAACGGCAGAACCGGCGCCCAGGCCCAGGGGGCAAGGCUGGCAGUGGUGGUGGCAGCAGUGGAGGUGGCAGCGGGGGAUCUGGGGGAAGGACCGGGCCAGGACGAGGGGACAAGAGGAGCUGGCCCUCACCCAAGAACCGAAGCCGGCCUCCAGAGGAGCGGUCCCCGGGGCUCCCCCUGCCUCCCCCGCCCCCCAGCAGCUCCGCUGUCUUCCGCCUGGACCGAGUUAUCCACAGCAACCCUGCUGGCAUCCAGCAAGCUCUGGCCCAGCUUAGUAGCCGCCAAGGAAGUGUAACUGCACCAGGGGGACACCCAAGGCACAAGCCUGGGCCUCCCCAAGCCCCUCAGGGCCCUGCCUCUAGGCCCCCGACUCGUAAUGAGCCCCAGAGAACCAGCAGCAGCGGCCUCAGUUCUGACCCCGACUUUGAGGAGCCGGGGCCAACGGUGAGAAGGGUGGGCGGGAGUCCCCAUGAUCCUGCCGGGGUUAAUCCCUUCCCCCCCAAACGUCGAGAGCGGCCUUCUAGAAAGCCAGAGCUGCUGCAGGAGGAGUCUUUGCCACCACCUCAUAGCGCGGGAUUCUUGGGCUCUAAGCCCGAGGGCCCAGGCCCUCAGGGAGAAUCCAGAGAUGCAGGAACAGAGGCCCUGACCCCUCACAUCUGGCAUCGGUUACAUGCCGCUAGCCAGAAGAGUUACCGGCCCCGCUCCAUGGAGCCCUGGAUGGAGCCCCUGAGUCCUUUUGAGGAUGUGGCUGGCACAGAGAUGAGUCAGUCUGACAGUGGGGUGGACCUGAGUGGGGAUUCUCAGGUGUCAUCAGGUCCCUGCAGCCAGCGAAGUUCCCCUGAUGGAGGACUCAAGGGGACAGCAGAGGGACCCCCCAAGCGGCCUGGAGGCCCCUCACCCAUGAAUCCUGUUCCUUGUGAGGGUCCACCUGGCUCUGAACCCUCUGAACCUCCUAGGAGACGGCCACCUGCCCCCCACAAUGGGGACAGAAAGGAGCUGCCCCGGGAGCAGCCUCUGCCCCCUGGCCCCAUUGGCACAGAACGAUCACAGCGUACAGACCGAGGCCCAGAGCCUGGCCCCCUCCGGCCAUCCCAUCGACCUGGCCCCUUGGUCCAGUUUGGCACUAGUGACAAGGAUUCAGACUUACGCCUAGUGGUAGGAGACAGUUUAAAAGCAGAGCAGGAGCUGACGGCAUCAGUCACAGAGGCCAUUUCUAUAUCCCGGGACUGGGAGCUGCUCCCCAGUGCUUCAGCCUCGGCUGAGUCACAAUCCAAGAACCUGGGUGCUGGGCACUGUGGCCCGGAGCCCAGCUCCUCCUCAGGCCAGCGCCUGUACCCUGAGGUCUGCUAUGGCAGCCCUGGGCCUCCCAGUUCUCAGGUAGGCCCUGCUUCCCAUCGCAUGACCCCUUCAGUCUCUGGAGGAGCCAUGGAUUCUCAGUUACAUCCAAACAGUGGCGGCUUCCGCCCUGGAACACCCUCACUGCACCCUUACAGAUCACAGCCCCUAUACCUUCCCCCAGGCCCAGCCCCUCCCUCGGCACUGCUCUCGGGGGUAGCCUUCAAGGGCCAGUUUCUGGAUUUCUCUGCACUGCAAGCAACAGAGCUGGGGAAGUUACCGGCCGGAGGAGUUCUUUACCCUCCACCUUCCUUUCUCUACUCUCCAGCUUUCUGCCCCAGUCCUUUGCCUGACCCACCUUUGCUUCAGGUACGCCAGGAUCUGCCAUCCCCUUCGGAUUUUUAUUCUACUCCUCUGCAGCCUGGUGGCCAAAGCAGCUUUCUCCCUUCAGGGGCCCCUGCCCAACAGAUGCUUCUACCCAUGGUAGACUCACAGCUGCCGGUGGUGAACUUUGGCUCCCUGCAGCCAGCACCGCCUCCUGCCCCACCCCCCCUUUCUCUGUUACCUGUGGGCCCUGCUCUGCAGCCCCCCAGCCUAGCUGUGCGGCCCCCACCUGCUCCUGCUACUCGGGUGCUGCCUUCACCGGCCAGGCCCUUCCCCGCUAGCUUGGGGCGAGCAGAGUUGCACCCAGUGGAACUAAAGCAGUUCCAGGAUUAUCGAAAACUGAGCAGCAACCUUGGGGGACAUGGGUCAUCACGUGCUCCUCCAACUGGAAGGUCCUUCUCUGGCCUCAAUUCUCGCCUCAAGGCCCCACCUUCCACUUACAGCAGAGUCUUCCGCACCCAGCGCAUCGACCUUUACCAGCAGGCCUCCGCACCAGAUGCCCUGCGCUGGAUGCCAAAGCCUUGGGAGCGGACAGGGCCACCUUCACGAGAAGGGCCUUCCCGACGGGCAGAGGAGCCUGGGUCCCCAGGGGACAAGGAGCCUGGGUUGCCCCCACCCCGCUGAGAGAGUUCCCCUGGCCCCCUAUCCCCCGGGGCUUGUAUAUAGAUUAUAAAUAUAUAAGGGGGAAAGGGGUAGGUGAGGAGGGGUUGUGGGGCUGGGGCCUCGCUUCCCCUCGUCCCCCUUCCCCUGGUCUCCUAUCCCUGGGGCUGUUUGUUAAAAAAGAGUAAUAAAAGGAUUUAAAAA